AUGCAGUUUCGCCUCUUCUCCUUUGCCCUCAUCAUCCUGAACUGCAUGGAUUACAGCCACUGCCAAGGCAACCGGUGGAGGCGCAGCAAGCGAGGUGGGUGCUCUCCCCCGAGGUCUAGUUAUGUAUCAAAUCCCACUUGCAAGGGUUGCUUGUCUUGUUCAAAGGACAAUGGGUGCAGCCGAUGUCAACAGAAGUUGUUCUUCUUUCUUCGAAGAGAAGGCAUGCGCCAGUAUGGAGAGUGCCUGCAUUCCUGCCCAUCAGGCUACUACGGACACCGAGCCCCAGAUAUGAACAGAUGUGCACGAUGCAGAAUAGAAAACUGUGAUUCUUGCUUUAGCAAAGACUUUUGUACCAAGUGCAAAGUAGGCUUUUAUUUGCAUAGAGGCCGUUGCUUUGAUGAAUGCCCAGAUGGUUUUGCACCAUUAGAUGAAACCAUGGAAUGUGUGGAAGGAUGUGAAGUUGGUCAUUGGAGUGAAUGGGGGACUUGUAGCAGAAAUAAUCGCACAUGUGGAUUUAAAUGGGGUCUGGAAACCAGAACACGGCAAAUUGUUAAAAAGCCAGCGAAAGAUACAAUCCCAUGUCCAACCAUCGCCGAAUCCAGGAGAUGUAAGAUGGCCAUGAGGCACUGUCCCGGAGGGAAGAGAGGGCCAAAGGCGAAGGAGAAGAAGAACAAGAAGAAGAAGAGGAAGUUGACAGAAAGAGCCCAGGAGCAGCACAGUGUCUUCCUCGCUACAGACAGGGCAAACCAGUAA